AUGACAGCAGAAAGCACAAAGAGUUCAGCCCAAUCGCUCGAAGAGUUCGCUAACAAGCAAUCUAAAUGGUCGCCAGAAGAGGAUGCGCUGAUCAUUGAUUUGCGAGGGAAGAAUAUGAAGUGGGCCGAAAUCAGUAAGCAAGUGCCUGGACGGAGCGAGAUGAGUUGUCGAUUGCAUUAUCAGAACUAUCUCGAGUGGCCUGAAUGGGACGAGAAUAAGAAGAAUAGACUUGCUAGGAUGUACGAGAGACUUAAACAGAAUAUGUGGACCGAAAUCGCCCAAGAACUGGCCAUUCCAUGGCGAGCUGCAGAAGCCAUGCACUGGGAGCUGGGCGAGCAAGAAAUGGCUCGACGCGCGGGCGCCAUUCCUUUUGCUCGGUCUGAAGGUCGAACGAAGCUGCAUGCUAAAAGAAACACGACACAUAAGUCAAAGCCACGCCAUCAUUCGCCGAAGAUCAAUCACCGCAUCCCCUUAUCACCCUGGCCUGGUACUAUACUUCUUCCACCGCCGAUGCCUUCUUUUCAACCUCCAAAGUCUUCUCUUCCACCGCCGACGUCUUCUUUACAACCUCCAAAACAUCCCCAAGGGCAGCUUCGGCUACCGUCUCUUGAGAGACUGAUAGCCGGUGAUCCGGUAUACGGUACAGAGACAUCCUAA